AUGAAAUCAGCUGUUAAUCCUGUCCCUUUACCCCUCAAGUUCGAUAAGAACAUCAAGCAGGCCUUUUACAACAUAGGAGCAUUGAUCUUUGUUGCAAUCUGCUGUGGGGCAGCUGUGCUGGUCUAUUUCAUUUUGGAGGCUUUCCUACGGCCAUUGCUGUGGGCAGUGCUGUGUGGAACUUUCUUGCAUCCCUUCAAGCACACCCUGGCCUUGGCAGUGAGGAGGUGGUUGGCCAGUCUGAGAGGAACGGGCACUCCAAUUGUGUUGGGCACACUGCUGCUCCCCAUUUGUUUCAUCAAUCGUGGAGUGGAGUCACUGGGUGAGGUAGUGCUGAGGAGGCUCAACUUGCUUUUGCUGAUGGGCGCCAGCCUGACAUUGGCCUGGGCCAUUUACUAUGGCGGGAAUGUCAUCAGGGUGCAGGAGCUCUUGAAGUACACAUGUGAAGCCAUCAACAGCACAUUGGAGUGUUUUGGAAUGGUGUGGGUCUGCACACUGGUGGUGGGCUAUGUACUAGCAAUUUCUUUUAAAUGGACCCCAAGCACACAACACUAUCUCAGAGCCAUUUCAGUGCCAGUCUGGACAGUGCUGCUGUUGUACUUGGCAUCUGUGACUGGCUCCUGGAGAAUCCCCAUCUUCAUUCUGGUUGUGUCUCUAAUGAUAGUGGGUGCCUUCCAGGAAAGAAAGCGGGCAAAUGGAGUAGAGAUCUCUGACCAGGUGCUUUCCAUUGCCGCCAAUACCAUCAGCAUGGCAUUCUCCUACACUGGCUUUAGGCAGAAGCCUUCUGAACGUUCUGAUUUUCAGCUCACAGGUUCUCCCAGAACUUACCCCUCAAGCCUAGCUUCAUCUUCACUGUCAUCCUCCAGCAGCCGGUCACAACCUGAGUUUUAUUUAUCUCUGCAGAAGAAGAGCACAAGUGACAUCUAUUUUGUGGUUCUGGUUUGGGCCAUCAUCACAGUGCAGAUGUGGCUGAAUUUGUGGUUGCUACAGUUGCUCCCAGUCCCUGUUGCUGUCUGGAGUCUCAAGAAACUGUUUCUCCACUUGGGGCUAUCAAGCUUCACUAAAAGCAGCCUGGUUUCCCUAUGGGCAGAUAUGCAGGAGUUUGUAAAGGAACGGCAGGAUGGGUUGGUCCCUGGACCCAUUAAAGGCCUUUGGUACUUUCUCAUAAAAGCAGACACCAAGUUGCAUUAGUUUCUAAAUCAAAAGAUUAUCUGCUGGUUGGAGAAGUCAGUAGACAAACUGAUCAGUAUCUUUAUCAUCUUCCUCCUUGUCAUGGGAACGUUGUUACUGGCCCUGCUGCUUACGGCAAAGGUCCAUGAAGAGAGCAUGCAUAUUAUUGAGGUGACCAGCAACCUUAUCAAUGACACUGUUUCAAACCAUCCAGAAUGGGCCAACCUGCUUCCUGAAGCUCAAGUAGUUCAAAAUGCCUUGAAUUCUGCUGCCAGUAAUGUGCACCAAUAUGGGAGAGAGCUGAUAAGUCAUAAGUUGCACACAGUUUUAGGGGAGAAGGUGAAUAGCACUGCUGUGAUUGAGAAGCAGGUUCUAGAGCUCUGGGACAGGCUCUACCACUCCUGGUUUGUAAAGAAUUUCACCCAUUCUGCACGGCACAGAGGCAAGAAAGAAGUGCAGCGACAAUACAGCUGGUUGGGCGAUAUUUUGGACUGGCAGGACAUCGGUUCAUUUGUUCACGAAAAUAUUGAAAUGUUCUUAUCAAUUCUGGAGUCCCUUUGGAUCAUCAUGAGCCGAAACAUCAGCCUUUUGUUUACGACGCUCACCACCCUGCUGACUGUCCUCUUCCACAGUGGCACAGCCCUGCUUAACUUUGUGCUGUCAAUGGUUAUUUUCCUGAACACCCUGUUCUACUUGUUGAGCUCAAGUGGAGAGUAUUAUGAGCCGGUAAAGUGGGUCAUCAGCCUCACUCCGCUGUCACAACCUGGGCCGUCAUCCAACAUUCUGGGAAAGGCAGUUGAAGAAGCCAUAAGAGGGGUGUUUGAUGCGUCACUGAAGAUGGCUGGCUUUUAUGGACUGUAUACGUGGUUGACCCACACCGUAUUUGGAAUCAAUAUCGUGUUCAUUCCAGCAGCACUGGCGUCCAUCCUUGGCGUUGUUCCAUUUCUGGGGACCUACUGGGCUGCAUUGCCAGCCAUUUUGGACCUUUGGUUUGUACAAGAGCAGAAUGUAAAGGCGAUGUUGCUGCUGGUGUGCCACCUCUUACCAACCUACUUUGUGGACACAGCCAUCUAUUCGGAUAUAUCAGGAGGUGGCCACCCCUACCUGACAGGUUUGGCUGUUGCUGGUGGUGCCUAUUACCUGGGCUUUGAAGGAGCCAUUAUUGGGCCCAUCCUGCUUUGCAUCCUGGUGGUGGCUUCCAACAUCUACAGUGCUAUGCUGAUGAGCCCAGGCAACGUGCAGACACCUCCAUCCAUGGCAGGCCACGUGGCCAACACAAGCAGAGAGGUAAGAGUGCUUGACCUCCCACCCAUACAAUAA